AUGAAUGUAGUCUCCAUAGAAAGUGUGCAAAAUUGGCACGACAGAGUUGUGCAAGAUGUGAAAACUGCAAAGAGUUUAAAUGACAAGGCAUCGCUAAUGGUUAAAUACAACACCCUAUUGCGCAUUCUGACAGAUAUCGACCAAAUACGAAGAACUACAUACAAGAGUGAGGCACUCAAAGACUUGGACAGGGAAAUCCAUAAAACAGAGAAAGACAUCAAGGUAUUGUUGGUUGAGACUGAGUUGAGUGUCGAACAGCUGUACAACAGCAAAGUACAAGAAGAGACAAAAGUCAAUCAGGGGAUUGAAAACGAGCCACACAAAUCAGAAACUGAAACUAUAACUGGCGAUGGGGCUACUGGAGGAGCAGAGAUUGGUGAGUCAUUGGAAGGACUCAAAUCGAGGCUACUCAGCACAACCCAUUCGGAGUUGGACCACGUUCAAUCAGCUGAGAUUCAAAACAACUACCAUGAAUCCAUACAGAAGGAAUUGAUCGAUUCAUUGCCCUCCAUGGUUUCAUCUUUAAAGGAGCAAGCCUUGCAGUUUCAGGAGAUGGUUAAACAAGAUGCCUCGAUUCUAAAGGAGGCAACGCAAAACUUUGAAUCUUCACAUGGUAAGUUCGAAAAUGUCAACAAUCUACUAUCGAAAUACCACAAAGAAGGUAGACUGGGAUUUUGGUUCUAUAUACGGAUUACGGCUAUGGUGUUGGUUGCAUUUAUGUUUCUCUUGAUAAUAAUCAGACUCAUUCCAGCAAGGCACUGA